AUGACACCUCCUCGUCCACUUCUACCUGCUCAUACUCAUACACGUUCACCUUUUACUCCACUUCCUUCAUCACACUCAGACCAAGUCCACUCACCCCUCCCACUUCACUCCUUCCCACCAAGCACACACCCACCAAACACUCAUUCCCCAUUCCACACUCUCCCUCCCCCUCUUCCAUUCCACACACCACACCUCCCUCGACGUUUUAUCCUCUUUGGCAUCAUCGUCCUCGCCGCACUCUUAUUCCUCCUCUUAGCAGGAGAGACUCUCUUGCGCCCACCGACGAUACCUGUCUUGCCAGUCCCUAAACCUCUAGGAUGGCCACCUCCCCGCCCUGUAGCAGACUCACCCAACUCUGACUCUCUCUCACCCGCCGACUCCCUCACCAACACCGAUAACCCCACCAACACCCCCCAGAAACCCCAACUAUCCCUCAUCCUACUCCACUCCCCUCAUUUCCCGCCUUUCUCACCCUCGUGGCACCUGUUCCUCCAGAGCGUACGUGCCAACCCCCUCUUGGAACUCGUACUCCUUUGGGUGCAUGACGGUUCUGGCUGUUCGUCUGUCGAGCAGCAGCUGACGGCUCGUGGGGGAGCGGCCGCACAAGGAGGAGUGGGACUGGGAGAAGGGGCGGAUAAUGUUAGACUUGUGUGUUUGAGCCAGGAGGAACAUGAUCAGCUGCAUGUGGCGUUCUUUUGUGCGCAAGAGAGGUGGGAUUGUACGCUCGAAGAAGAGGGGGAGGUAUUACGUCUCCUGAGCCAGAGGGGGGAGAGAGAUCAGGUACGUCUACAUCCUCCUGCUCACCCUAUCCCAUCCUACCUAUCCCGUCCCAUCCUCCCUCCCAUGUCCAUCCCGUCCAUCCUGGUCAGCGCUAACCGCACCCAGUUUCACACCUUCUUCAAACCCUACCGCGCAGGCGUGUUCGCCCAGUUUCUCACUCCGGGCACACGCUGGUGGGGAUGGGCAGACGCGGAUUGCUUGAUGGGUAAUUUGGGAACGCAGUGUGAGUCCUUUUUUGGGGGGGUUGGGUGGGAGCUGAUUGGGUUUUGGUUCUUGGUUCUUGGGUUUCGUUCUUGUUCUGUGUGGCCUUGCUUGUCCGUUCCCCCGCACUUGCGCUCUGCUCUGGCUGGCCGCUGUCUGUCUUUCGUGCUCGCUCUGACGCUCAUUCUGCCUGCUCUACCAUCUCGGCCUCCCUGCACUUUACCGCUCCCACGCCCCCCGCCAUUCGCCCUCCUCGCCCGCUCCGCGCCAGUCCCCUGGGAAGCAUCCUACGACCUCCUCCUCCCCUCCCUCCCGGGGGACACCCUCCUCUACCUCCGUUCCCAACUGACGUUCAUCUCCCGCACCCCGGAGACAGAGUACAAGCUCCUCCAAUUCCCGGGCUUGAGCAGCUUGGAUGCGUAUAGGGCGUACGUAUCCGCUACAGGGGAGUUUCUUGGUCUGGAAGAAUCCGAAUUCUCAGCAUACAUAAUCCGCAACCCGGAAAUAACAUUCCUAACCCUACCCGACUCCUCAGCACACGUCCCCUCCCACCUGCUCACCCCCUCCACACUCAAGUUCUACACUCCAGGGGGAGUCUUUCGUACCGCCUCUCUCUCCGGCCCCGCCAGUCCCCCACUCUCCUCUCUCCCGGUACUCAACCUCACCUCCCUCAUCGUCUCCUCCCCUAUCGCGCGCGUCUUUUCCCCAAAAGGGAUCACCCGACCCGUAUCCAUCCAUUCCGGAACGUACGAAUACGGACUCUGGUUCCCAAAAGAGGGUGGAGCAGGGUUGUUGGCAGAGGAGGGGGGUAUAGGGGUGGGGAGGAGGGGGUGUGGGAGAGGUUGGAACCGCCGAGAGGGGGGAGGGGGUGCAGGGGGUUUGGGGGGGCUUAUGUUGGAGGGCCGGGCGGGGGUUGGGGCCGGGGCCGGGGGUGGGGAGGGGGCCGGGGGUGGGAGGGAGAGGGAGAGGCAGGUGGAGGAAGAGAUGUAUGAGCUUGUGGAAGCUAUGUACUUGCAUUGGUUUGAGGAGAAAUGGGAGUCGGACUGGUACCCCAACCUUCCCCCACGGCAGCUUCGUCCAGGGGAAGCGCUCGUCACUGCCCAGAAGUACGGAGCUAGGAUAUGGGACAUGAUCUCUGGGGAGGUGGUUUGGCAGGGGGAGAAAGAGGGCUAG